GACCUCCACUGCCACUGCCUGCCACACGUAAGAUUUCGGUUGGAUCAAAUCUCAACAAGACUUCUACAGAAGUCAGCUGUGAAAACUCCCGUUCGGUUUGCAGUGUGUGAAGUGCAGAAUAAUUCAUACAAAAUAAAUACAUUUGUACAAAUAAAUUUCCAGAUCUGCUUUCAACAUGUUUUAUCAGCCUUCCUGUAUUUGGGGCUACGCCGUAGUGAGCGCUAUUCUUUCCAGUUGCUGUUUCCUUUUGGCAAGCAGUGCCGCAGAUGAGUCCAAGUAUCAAGAAAUUUUUUUCGUGAAGCCCGGUGCUGGGAAGCUAAGUGUCCAGGCUGAGGUGAAAAAAUAUCAGUGCAAAUUCUCCUAUGCUGCUCAAGGCGGAACACAUGAGGAAUGGCAACUUAGUCUUGAGCUUUUGGAUGGAGGGACUGCUGUGAUGUGCUCUAUUGAGAGAGGAGGUUCAUCAUCUUAUCUCUUCUUUGAGGAAUUCGAAGUAGAACUGACAGGUCCCAUGGUGUCAAUUACUGAAGUGGACUUGAAGAAUUCUCAAAGAGAUAACAAAGCCCUUGAAGCAGAGGAAUAUAAAAGGGAGAAGACAUCAGUUUCUAGUGUUACGGGAAAAUUCAAGAACCAUCUUGAGAAGGUUGCAGUCUACUCACCACUUUCCAGAGAUGAUCUUUAAUUCCAUUUUGUUUUUUAUUUUUCUCAAAACUUUUUUUUUCAACCAUUAGUGAUAUGGUAUGUCAUUAUUUAUUGUGGGAUUUUUCUUAUUUUUGGUUCUAUAGUACUAAUAGUAUAUUUUGGUCAAAUUAUUUGUGCCUUCAGCAUUUUCCUGAAUUGUUGCAUUUUGCUUUAGGGUUGUUGUUUUUUUUUCUGUUUUUUGAAUGGCAUGCACGUUUAUACCGGUUACAUUUGUAGAAGUAUUCUUAAAAAGCAAAAAGUAAUCUGCUAGUUGUACUUGUUCUGAGGUACUGUUCAGGGUCCCUGGUUUAAAACUUGAAUUAAGUAAUUAAGUGGAAAAAAAAAACCCAACCAUUUUUAAGCUUUAGCCUUUCUCUUUGGCCAGAGUGUAAUUUGUUUGACUUUGGCUGUUAGAAAUAUAUCUUGUACCUACUGAUGGGGUACAAAAUAUAACAAUAACAUAAAUAAGUACAGUACGGUCAUGUACAUCAACUUUCCUUAGUGUUUUCUAGAGUGUAACAAGAAGUUUCUGCUCAAAAAGUUACCUCAACUGAAAAAAAAAA